AUGCAGGUUAUCAAUGUGUCAAAUAAACAAAUAAAGAACUUUAACUUGGACACCAUAGUAAGGAAUGUAUGAUUAUGAAUUAGAAUGCUGUCUAUGAUACACAUCUAAAUUAUUCAAAAACUAGAUCAAUCAAUUGCAGUCACAAUUUAUUGGGAUCAACAGAUGGGUUUUCUUAAUUCUAAUGUCUUUACAAUUUAGAUCUGAGUCAUAAUCGUAUUAAUUAGUUCUUUCAAUUGACUUCAUCUUUAGUUGAAAUAAAUUUGGCUCACAAUUUAUUGGGAAGUGUGUUUGAUGAUUUUUAGAAAUCUUUAAAAUCAUAAGGUACUCGUUUAUAUGUAGGAUCAUUCUUAUCAAAUUUAAAGAACCUAAAAAUCAUUGAUCUUAGUUAUAAUAACAUAUCAUAAAUCAGUUCCAAUAUAUUUGAUAGUAACACUCAACUUCGUAAAAUAAAUAUGAGUAAUAAUUAAUUAUCAGGUCCAUUGUGGUGUUUUACAAAAUUAGAAAAUUUAGAGAUGUAAUAUAUAUAAUAUAUAUAAAUAAUAGAAUUGAUGUUGGACAUAAUUAAUUAAAUAUUAACGAUUUAAAACCAUUAGAGAAAUUAAGAUUAGAAAGUUUGAAUCUUCGAUUUAAUCCAUUAGAGAAUAUAGAUAAAUGUGAAGAGAAACUAAUUAAACAUUUACUUUAUACAAGAAAGAUUGAAUUGUCAUAUACACAAUUGGAAUAAUAAAUAAUGAUGAAUUCUAAACAGAGUUCUAAAUUGGAUCAUAGUAUCAAUAGUAAUGAUUCUAUGUAAUAAUAAACUACUGAGAGAUCAACUAUGAGUCGUUUAAGCAAAGUCAGUAAUAGACUUGCAAGACCUAAAACACCUUAGAAUACUAAGAAUGAUACAUAUUAAAUAAAUAAAACUCCAGUGAAAGUGUAAAAUUAAUAGGAAGUUAAAAAAUGUAAAGGUGAAUUGAAAAAGAAUAUAAGUAUAACUCCAAAGAAAAAUAAUGGGAAUAAGACACCUAAAUAAUAAAGAUAAGUUUGUAUGAAAACAGUAGAAUAACAUGAUGAAUAAAUUAAGCAAAGAGAUUCAUAUUAAUAAUAGAAAUCAACAACAAAAAUACCUGCUUUGAAUUUACAAAUGUUAAAAGUGACUCCUUUUUAAUUAAGUGAAGUUAAUUCAGAAAGGGAUGAUUUUCCUAUGUUAUUUGAAGAAGAUGAUGAGAAAUAAUUACUUGAAGAAUUGAAAUUUUUAGGAGAAGCUUUAAAAUAAAAGAAAUAACAUGAAAUUAGUAUUGAAAGAUAAAUAACAAUGAAUAAGAAUAUGAUAUCAUUAAUGAAGAUUAUGAUAAAAGGAAGUAUGUUAAUAUAUAUAUUAAUAAGUUUAUCUAUAUGAUGUAAAUGAGUAUAAUUAAGGAUUUGAUGAAAUGAUGAUAGUAUUAUAAAAGGAAUUGGAAUAAAAGAAUCCAUAAUUCCAAGAUCUCAAAUUAAAAUUGAUGAGAUUCAACAAGGAACAUUACGAAUUAAAUAAAAUGUAUAAUAGUUUAGAGUAAUCUGAAAGAGUGGUUGA